AAACCUACUAUAUUGAAGAAGAAGACCAAGAUGAUGACCUCUUAUUCUUCAACCCUUGGACUGAUGUUAUUACCUGCAAUAUAUAUUGCUUUAACUGCUGAAGUUCCUACAACUCUACUUUUAACUGUUAAUACUUCUUUAAAUAGACAACAAAGAAAAAAAGCUAAAGAAAUUCUUCUAAACAAUCACCAAAUCUUUGCUAAAAAUAUUUCUGAAGAAGAACAAACCUUAGAACUGAGACAAACCACAGAAGUUUGUCAUGAAAUUAAUACUCCAGAUGCUAAACCGAUUAAACAAUGA